CUGACUGAUCAUCUGGAUUUGACAAUGGCUCUCUCACUGCGGACGGCCGUCUUUAUCUCCGUCACACUAUGUGUGCUGCAGCAAGGGUUUGGAUAUCCACUAUCUGAACAGUCUGAAGCAUCGGCCAAUCCACCUGCUCUCAAACGGGUUCGUACCAAGCGCUGCUCCUGUAGCAGUUGGUUGGACAACGAGUGCAUCUAUUUCUGCCAUUUAGACAUCAUCUGGGUCAACACACCGAGUAAGAUAAGCCCUUUCGGUCUGGGAAGUGCUCUUUCCCGUCGCCGGCGUUCCACUGGUCGUUGUGAAUGUGCCAAUCCGUCUGAUCGUUCCUGCUCCAGUUUCUGUCACACCAGCUCAGAAAAUCCAGAUAUGGAGAUUGAGACCCAACUUGGUGACCAGUUAAAUCACAUGGGCAAAAGCAGUGAUCAUCUCCUGUCAACUCUCAGGAAGGUGUUUAAAGACAACCUCAUUACAGCGUCACGAUCCGCUGCAACCAAAAAGAAAUCCAGAGCCAGGAAUCUCUUGAUCAGCUAGAGCGAGAUGAAACGACACUCGUGAGAGCAUUUGAACAAAACCCAUCCUGGAUGAAGAGGAUCUGCCUUGAGUGAAGAAGGGGCAAUCAUGAUGGAUUCUCUCAAUUCUGUGGCAUGAACCUUCAGUUUCUUCAGUUGAGGUGGAAACGAAAUGUCUGGGCGCCACAAGGAUGAUUAGGUGCUGAAAUGAAGAAAAUGAGAAUCGUAAAAAUCGCUGAAAUACUGCAAACAUUUUAGCAGGAAGUUAUGGUGGGUUCCUUCUUGAAAAGACCAAAAAGAAUAUAUGAAGAGUUCAGAUGCAAAAGCCUCUAAAUGCCAUUUGAAAUUUUCUUCUUUAAUG